AUGUCUUUGGACUCUGAAGAGAAGGCCGGAUCAUUAAGUGCCUUUUUUGAUGAAUAUGAGCACGGGCAAACCCAACAACAGAGUGCGGAGACGGGGCAACAUGUUGAUCAACAAGCCGUGCCACAAGGCCGAAACCCAGCCCUGGCUAAAGUCUUGCCAGACUUGAACGCCGUAUCAGUGUCAUUAAUGGUUGACGCCCUUAGACGGUUACGAAUGCCACGGCAAAAAGGCAAUUCUGACCUCCCUAGCAACAGGUAUUUGAGGAUUCUGAAUAUCGUUAGAUAUCUUCUCAGAAACCGGAAAUACCCCCCCGAUGCUUUGAUUUAUGAGAGCUUGAUGGCUGCUAUGGCUGACCCACAAGGGUCCAGCACCGGAGUUAGCAAAUUAUUGCAGGACAUGAGCAUUCAAAAUGUUCCGCUUACUGCAGAUGUUUGCUACCUCGCUCUUGAAGCUCUCAGCGUACACCCAGAUUAUAUCCUGCGGCAAGAGGUUGUGCAGAUGAUGGAGCAGCACUGGUUCGAGUUCACGAUGCCUGCCAAGCAAAGCAUUGCCGUGGCGAUGCUCCGGGAAGGCCAGUUUGAGUUGGCCUUGAAUAAAUUCAACAAGCUUUUAGAAGACCCCGGGCACGUGGAUCUUUGGGUCUACGAUAUUUUUAUUCUGGAGUUUGGUAGAGAGGGCUUCUUUGAUGAAAUGCUUCACAUACUCAAGAAGAGAAAAUUUGCUCAUGGUUCGGACAAAGCUUUCAGAAGUAUCCAGCUGAUGGCCCUGGACAUGUUCAGCCAGGGCUUCCACCAUGAAGGAACAACUUUUGUAUGGCGAGAUGUUGUCAACAUACCAAUUCACAACCCUUCUAACGGUAUUAUUGAGAACGUUCUGGCCACUGGAGCAAGGCACGGCGACACUGAACUCGCCAGUCAAGCUCUUGAGAAGCUGGCGAGUCGUGGCAAGCCUCGCCAGCAGCAUAAUGAUGCCAUCGUGGAGGCGUUUGCUAAUUCGGGAAAUGUGACGGGUGCGCUUACGAUUUUGAAUCUGCAACAUAACAAUGGGUGCCUACUUCUUCGAGGAACCACACGGCCUGUUCUACAAGCUUUACUCAAGAACCGGGACCUCAUCAGCGAAGCUGAGGCUGCUAUUCAAAGCAUGCACAAAGAGGGCCCCGUCCCGCGGGAAGUCCUUAUGGUUACGAUCGAGGCUCUGGCUGAAGCCCGAACUUCAGAAGCUGCUAUGCCCCUGUUCAAGGACACCCACCUCCUCACCGGGAAAAGCCCCCGAUUGACAGACAUUGGACUUCUGCUUCGUCAUGCCGUCAAAACAGAGACGCAGUACGAGCUUGCAGUGGCCUACAAUUCCGGACUUGCCAAGAUUGACACCACGCCGGUGUCAAUAAGGAAGAAGCAGUCUGAAAAUAAUCAAGGCAAUGACGAUGCCACGGUUCCCAAGACGUGGAUGGAUCAAGUCGAUGCGGGACCUGCCUUUGAUGUGAUAAUCCCAGCGUGCGCACAGAUGGGCGAUUUUGAGCUGGCAUUCAAGUUUAUUGACUAUGCCAAGAAUGCAGCGCCUGAUUACCCGGCCUGGAGGUCUGCAGAUUGGGUUAAGCCAUUCAUCAAUUUGGCCCUUGACGCACAGCAUCCUGGAGUGUGGGAGAUUGUCGACCUAUUAGACCGAGGCGAGGACGCGCCGGCUAUGAUGGUACGAAAGGAACUUCAACGACGGCGCAUUCAGAAGAGAGCGAGCAGUUGA